GGGAGUGUUGUAUGACAGCGACACCCUGUGCUCAAAGUCGGCUACUGCAUCCGGUGCUGCGACAUUCGAGGACUCUUAACGGAGAAUGGGAACGCCACACACUUCAGUUGAACUGCUUUUGUGGCGACGAACAAGAACAACCGACGCUCUGCACUUCACCGAAUACCGACAAUAAUCUUACUUUUUGUCUCCCAAACGGGAGUUGUGCUUUCUCUUUGUUCAGUUUGACUUUCUGUCUGCCCCCGUCGGUCGAAUCCUCACUUUUACAAAGGAGCACCCGAACGCACCACUUUUAAUGCUCAUUUCCAAAAUGGCGGACCCGACGACAUCGCCCGAGGACCACGGGAAGCACGCAGAUGUGGUGUUCGGUGACGGCGUCUUUGACCCCGGUUUCUUUAACGCCGCGAGGAAGGGGAGCACGGUGUCACGAGCCAACAGCAUCGGUUCAACAAGUGCCUCUUCAGUACCAAAUACAGAUGACGAGGACAGCGACUGCCGACACGAGACGUCACACAAGAACUCGUACAAAGAUCGGCGGCGACAAGCUCACACGCAGGCUGAGCAGAAGCGACGCGACACCAUCAAGAAAGGCUUUGAUGACCUGCAGUCGGUGGUGCCAACAUUCCUGCAGUCGGAAUCAGCGGUGGGAGCGCAGAAGAUCAGCAAGGCCGUCGUCCUUCAGAAAACCAUCGAGUACAUCAAUUUUCUCCACAAAGAGAAGAGGAAGCAGGAGGAGGAGGUUUCCCGCCUGAGGAAAGAAGUGACGGCGUUGAAGAUCAUGAAAACGAACUACGAGCAGAUUGUGAAGGCCCACCAGAACCACCCGCAGGGGGACAACCAAGUGUCGGACCAGAUGAAGUUCAACGUCUUUCAGAGCAUCAUGGACUCCCUGUUCGACUCCUUCAGCAACGCCGUGUCGGUCAACAGCUUCCAGGAGCUCUCGGCCAGCGUUAUCAACUGGAUCGAGGAACACUGCAAGCCGCUGAUGCUGAGGAAUUUUGUCAUCAGUGUCCUGCGACAGCUCAGCGGUCAGCUCUACUGACAUUGGCUCCUGGGACUUUGGGUGUCUCCACUGCCGCUGGACGACGUGGGUCUGAAGUCGUAAUGGUAUAUACGUGUUUUAUUUUCAUUUGUCUCAUUUGAAGCUGGUGUUUGAUAUUGUAACGUGUCGGGGGCGUCGGGUAGCCAGCACACAGACGCCAUCUUACAUCUUUUAAUGCUGCCAUCGUGAUGUUUUUGAAUAGUUUGUGGGCGGGUUUCUCUCUCUCAGGGUUAGAGACGCGGUGUGCCUAAUAUUGUGGCCAGUUAUUGUAUACAACAGACAGGAGGCACACACUGUAGGAGUAAAACCAAGUCAUUGCUACAGCGACGGCUAGCAACUUAUUUUUUAAUUAGCAUUUACUAAGACCGGGUUCUUAACACUUAAAAGCCACGGAUAUAACGUUUUUAAAUACGGUAGACCACAGCACGGUUAGCAUACAUGUUGUGUUCGUGAAAAGCUAGUUGUUGAGUUGUAAAGGAGACCAACAAGAUAGCACAUAGCAAUUCGAUAGCGUUGCUAACCAAUUAUUGUUUAUCAUUUAGCAUCAUUUCACAUUUUUAAAUUAAAUAGUUGGCUGUGCUGACACAAAGUGGUUUAUUUCCCCCGUUUUAACUUCUGGUGUGCCUCAGGAGUCUGUCCUAUGACCGCUACUAUUUCUAUACAGUAUAUCAAUACAUAUUCUCUUACGCGUUGGGAGUUAAAAUACGUAUAUUUUCAUAUCUACACGGCCUCGUUAAAGAACUGUUUAGUGCCUUGCUCAGUUGCCUCAAACUCAGGAGUGCUCGAGCACCAACCAGUCCCAACUAUCCGCUCAUCCGGUCCCUUUAAGCCAAGUCUUGGUUUGGAAUUUAGUUUUACGCACCUGCGAUAGUGGGGAGUGAAACUUUUUUUUUUUUUAAUAUUUAUAUAAUUUUGCUAGGAAACAGAAGCUCAUCUGCUUGUACAUCCGACAAACAUUUUGUAUUUGCUAAAUUAUUUUUGUCUUGCCGCCUGACAUUGCAUAUAUGUGUUGUAUGUGUUCUCUGUGUAUUACAGGAUGUUAAAUAAAUAUGCCAUUGUCUAAAUCAA